AGCUCAAUAUGCCGGUCACAUUUUCGUCACAUGAUAUAAAUGGUACCACCUCAAACUUUGUAUGGAUGCUUGAUGUGGCUGCUCAGUUUCAGAAGAAUAAAAAAGAAACCCUUGGUAGAUUUUUUCGCUAAAAACUAUUCAGGAUGAUGAAAAAGAAGGUUCUCUUGAUGGGCAAAAGUUGCUCGGGAAAAACUAGCAUGAGGUCAAUCAUAUUUGCUAACUAUAUUGCUCGUGAUACCAGAAGACUGGGAGCAACAAUUGAUGUGGAAACAUCACAUGUUAGAUUCUUAGGGAAUCUUGUCUUGAAUCUGUGGGACUGUGGAGGGCAGGAAGCCUUUAUGGAGAAUUAUUUUGCAAGUCAGCGAGACAACAUUUUUCGUAAUGUUGAAGUUUUGAUCUAUGUCUUUGAUGUGGAGAGCAGAGAGAUAGAAAAAGACAUGCAUUACUACCAGUCCUGUUUAGAAGCAAUUUUGCAACAUUCUCCAAAGGCAAAGAUAUUUUGUCUUGUUCAUAAAAUGGACUUAGUUCCUGAGGACCAUAGAGAUCAGAUAUUCCAUGAACGAGAAGAAGUGCUGAAGAGACUCUCAAAACCCUUAGAUUGUAUCUGCUUCAGAACUUCUAUUUGGGAUGAAACAUUAUACAAGGCUUGGUCAAGUAUAGUUUAUAAACUCAUACCAAAUGUGCAGCAAUUAGAGACUAAUCUAAAUGGUUUUGCAAAGGCUAUUGAGGCAGAUGAAGUCCUGCUGUUUGAAAGAGCAACUUUUUUGGUCAUUUCCCAUUGUCAGCUGAAGCAACACAAAGAUGUUCACAGAUUCGAGAAGAUAAGCAACAUUAUAAAGCAGUUUAAGUUGAGCUGCAGCAAAUUACAGGCCCAGUUUCAGAGCAUGGAGGUUCGCAACAGCAGCUUUGCAGCCUUUAUUGAUGUGUUUACUUCGAAUACUUAUGCAAUGGUCGUCAUGUCGGAUGUCGGAAUUUCUUCAGCUGCCACAUUGAUCAACAUCAAGAACGCCCGAAAGCAUUUUGAACAACUCGAGCGAGUAGACAACCCCUCAUUUGUUGCUAGAUAGAUAUUCGCUCAAUGUUAUUAUUAUAAAUAUAUUUCCAAAUGUGUUGAUUAUAAGCUGUUGUAAAAACCGAUAUCUGUUAAAUGGUCCGGUAACCGAAAGUGCAAACUUGUAGCUGCAUUGUUGAGUUAGCUAGUCACGAACGUCUUUUCAUAGUAUAGAAUUACCUCGUAAAAAUGCUUUGAGAUCAAAAUUUUCAACAUUGAAAGCGAAUUCAAAUUUAAUCGCAAAUGUUUAGUGAUAAGAUUUAUCAUUUCGUUCUAAAAUUAGCUUUUUACAAUUUAAGAAAUCCCCUGCCCUUAAUUAUUUUCGAACAACCGCCACAGUACAUAGGCUCAUCAAAUAUUGUAAAAGUCUUCCUCAAGCUUAUAUGAAGGAACUUUAAAGAUGUAAUUCACAGGUUAUAAAUUUUGGACAAAUCAACAGAGAAAAUAGUAGCUUUCUUUUCUGUAUUUGCCAGAAAACGAUGCUGUCAGGAAAUUUCUUAAAUUCAGUACAUAUUAAGUAGGCUCAUGCAAUGAAGCUUAUCAAAAAGUGGUGGAGGAUAGUUUUCUAACAAAGUAGAAUUCCAUUUGCUGGAACGACAUUAAACGAAACCGCUCCUUGCCUAAUUUUGACAGCCAACUGCACUUAAAACUCUGAAUCCCAAUUCUAUCAUUAUAAUCUGGAUCGUUUUGAAUUCUAUUUGCUUUUGCAUCGAGAUACUUCAUUUAUGACUCCUCAACUUGUAAGGGUCUCUCGUGUCUCAACCUGUCGCUCAACUUUUAAGUGUUUUUUUCGUAUAUUGGUCACGGCCAGAUGUCACACUUAUUUCGUGUGCGGGUUAAAGCUAAGCUCUCUAAUUUUGCUAUUAUCGUAGUUUGUGGAACUUAGCAAAUAUUUCCUUGUAUUGUCUUCGAUUUGAAUUUGAUAAUAUGAAAUAAACCACA